GUAAACAGCUGUUCAGAGUGACGAUUUUGAAGUAAGACGCGAGUCGUGUAAAAAUAGUUUUGAUUUUCCACGUCACUUCGAAUCUGUAACAUAGCGUUUUUCGCCCUGAAAAUAUGAUCAAUCCCAGCUUUUAAGCCGACAAGGUGAACUUAAAAACUGAUCUAGAGCGUGUGUUCUACAUCGCAUCAAGAGAGAGCAUGAUAUGGCCCACAACUUCAGACGGUCAUGCAAAGAAUGCGGGUGCCAGUGCGAAGGCUGCAACGACAACACAUCGCUGCACUUGCAUGUAGAAAUCGAGAAUCUUCAGCAACGUCUUCUUGAGAAAGAGCAUCACAUUGUCAAAAUGGAAACAAACUUCCUUUCGGAAGCAGACAAAUAUCCUGACGGUGAGGUGGUUGCCAUGAUGGAGGAGAUUGCCGUUUGGCAGGACAAGUACAACAGAUUGUAUGAAGCGCACAAAAAGCUGCAAAAGGUUAACCAGGGACUUGAGGACAAACUGUUAAGAAUAGUCGAUAAAUUUGAAACUGAGAAGAGUGUUUUGUCUAGAGAGUUGGGCUCGACGUCUAGGUCGCUGAGUGAAGAAAAAGCCAAGUCGGCAAGACUAAAGACUGAAAAUGAAAGAUACAGAAAUGAUGUAAAUUUAACAAUUCAGCUGUUGCAAUGCAGGCCAGGGAAUUUUAUGCCUCAAAAGAUGGAUUCGUUACCCUCAGAUAUCCAACAAAAAGUGAAAACCUAUGUAAAUAAUAAGAAGUUAAAUGGUGGAAGUUUUCCGCAAAGCAGGCCUGAGCCGAAGCUAAUAAAAGUGCCCAUUCCUACUUUCCCACCGACAGCGAUGGUCUAUUCUGUCAAUAAAGGAGAGCCGAACGGGUCCGCAAACAUAAGCGAUCCUGAGGAGCAGCCCGUGGACAUCGUGUCGGCCGCCAUCAUGGCGAAGGUUCUCGAGGAGCGAGAGCGGGAGCGGAGUAUGCAGCAACAUUGUGAAUCUUGCCGAUGUCCUUCGCUGGCGGAGACAAUGAGCCAGGACGUGGCAACGCAAACGUCGGACCACGUGUCGGUGGCCAUACUGCCUGCAAACCAUAGCAACAUCCUGCUGGACAACAUGGUCGGCUACCACUCGCCAAAGCUCGGUUCCAGCUGCCGCAGCGCUGUGCUGGUCCACAGCCCUCGCGGCAGCAACAACUCGACCUCCUCGUGCAACGAUUGUCUACGAAGGGGUCGAGGUGAAGCGUCUGAGACAGAGACGGACAUUUAGCUGACGAGUUUUUGGUAUCUUUUAAGUCUAGUCGUAGCCUCAAGAGAGCAGGACCAAACCAUGCAAAGUGCUGGCAUUCAAAGGACACAAUGUAGCUCGUUCUGGUGAGAAAGAAGCGUUAGCAUUUGGGUUUGUUAUGAACAUUCUGGUAUAUUUUUUAUAAACCUUAGGUUUUUUCAAAACUGUUACUGGUGACAAAAUUGAGAGGGAGGAAAAAAUUAACAAAGUUGUUUAUGGAAAAGUCAAAUUUUAGCUGUUUUCAUAUACUUUCUUUGAUAAUUUCUCAAAAAAACUACAUUUUUUCAUGAAAGAUACACAGCUGAAAUCUGAGGUGCUAUUUUCACUUUUCCGUAUGAAGCUAAAACCAAGUCAAUGCAUUUUAAAUGAACAGUCAGACUCUGGAUUCGUGGACUAUAAAUUGUAACUCAAACCUUUAUCUGUUCUGUUCCCAUUUUAUUUUGCAGUCUUUCCUUAGUAGGUCUGGUAUUGGUUAUUUUAAAUUUGAGAAUUGAAUUAAAUUUCCAUCUAAAUUUCGCUAUUCUGGCUUUGCCUUAAUAAUGUUAUGUAAGUAAUAAUGAUUCAGUGAACUUAAUUGUUACUAUCACAGGAACCCUUUUUUAGCCCUACAGCUUCUUUCUGGACCAGAUAGCGAUCUACCACAAUUAGGAUUUAAUGCCAUGAAUGAGAUUAAUACAAUGUUUUAACCGUUACUGCAGCGAACAACCAAAUGAGGCAAUUUCAUUUCUCUGUAUGUUAGGCCUAACUGAUUGCUCAUCACAACUGGUGCUUCAGACGUGGUACUGACUAAACUGUAAUCAGGUGGAGCAAAAGGUACCUCAAUAUAUUUUCCAAAGUAAAUAGUUCAGGUCUUAGUUCUAUAAUCAGUAACCAGACACUUUCAAAUUCAUCCAGAUUUUUGCGUUACGAGUGACUCGAAAAGAAUUUUAAAUGAUUGAAAAAUAUAUUAUGAUUCAUUUUACUUUUCAGAUUUGCAAAUCCCUUACCACUUAAAAGCACACAAAAAGUAUAAAUCAUGUGUGAGUCAGUGUGAUUAUAUUUCUUUUAAAUGAAGAAUUUAGGGGCUUAGAAUGAGCAAUAAAUUGUUUCCUGUCAGUUAUGGUUGUAUAUAAAUUUAACUAUUUUGAAAAGAAGACAUGUCUAAAUUAUGUGUAACUAUAACAAGCGGCAUUAAAAUUUGGACCAAAUAUUUUCACUGGAAGGAUUCAGCUAAUAGCCUUACUAGCUAUAAAAUACUGUAAAUAUUUGUUCCUUCUUGUCUGUUUCACAGCAAAAUUAUUUCCAAUGCCCUGUUCAUGUAAUUAUCAUUCAAGAAUACUUUGAUUGUUGGAAAAUACUGAAAUUUUUUGGAACUUGUGGAUCUAUUUGCAAUUGAUGUGAUAAUAAAAUACAGUUUGUUGUUAUGUUAAGGCAUUUCCAUCUUAAAUCUAAACAGAACAUCUAUGUGUAGCCAACUGAUAACCAAAUUGAUCAUGCUCAUGAAUAAACAGACAGAUAGUCACUAAACAA